AUGUACUUCCAGGGCAUGCGUAUAAUCGCUGUACUUAGCAGGUCGUGUUACACGCUUUUCUGGGGAAAUGCAACCUCCUUCGUUGGUCCAACUUUUGCCAGACAGCUCGCUUCCAGCUGUGAGGUUCGUCGUCGUCCAACCACCAGAGCUGCCCAGCCGCUGCUUCUCCCGAGGCUUCGGUUCCGGAUCAAAGCAGAAACUCCGUCGUCGAGUCAAACGGAAAAACACGACUCUAACCGCACUGAGAUGGUCCGCUCGAGAUUUUUCCACCCCUUGUCGGUCGAAUUUAUCCGCGAACCAGACCUGUUAACAAUAGGGGCAAUGCUUGCUCUCGUGAGCGAGUGGCACCCGGAAGGGAUCGAAAGAGGAAAUCACCUCCAUUGCCAGGGACGGCAAUACCGGCAAACCCCUGGAAAGACCCAGCUGCUCCAUAAUAGCAUAUGGAGACGGCUCGCAGCCAACGUUACAAGCAAUCCGCCUAGCGGAGACAUAUCUUUUAUUCAUCGCAUGUUUCGGCCGAGCAUCUCUGACAGCAAGCCACGAUCUCUGGACACGCACUUGGGACGGACCGAGGAUUUGUAA